UUGCUCGUUUUUCUUGUGCUCAUGCUUAUGCUUAUUUUGAGCCCGUUCUCACUGGCGCACAUGACUCUCGUGCUUCGUGCUUAUGCCUAUGCUUAUGUGCUAGUGAAAUCCACGCUUAAAUGAGCUUGGGGCAUUAAUUGUUAAGGUGGACCCCUCUCCCAAUUUGAAGACCCCAAUUUAACAUGCAUCUUCCCUCCGUUAAUUUUAAUCAACAGUUUCUAAUAAUGCCUCACUGCAUUAAAACAGAAAUAAAUAAUUAAAUGAAUGAAUGAAUAAAAAAAUGAAACUGAAUAAAAAAGUGUUGUCUUGCUGGGUUAYCUGUGUAUUGGGCAUCUGAGCCUGCGGUAUUUUUGUUUUGGCGCCAUUUUGAAUUCACUACAUUUCAAGUCAACAGAGGAAAAACUACACAAACGUGUACCUUGUAUUCACUUCUUGAACUGGAAAAUGACUUAAAAAGACUGGUAUAAGCUAUUGUUUCAUUAUAAAUGGAAAAGCAAUGAAGACAUGAAGUGUAUAGUGCCUGGACGGUCACUGAAAUUAUUCGCCAAAGCUAUUCAUUGUUUGUCUAAAAUUGGAGAUGAGCUUUACCUUGAAGCAUUACCCGAUGGACUGGCACUCAGGACUGUGAACUUGUCAAGAUCAGCCUAUGCAUGCUUCAAGUUUCAUUCCAGUUUCUUCUUGAGUUAUGAUGAUGGGAGUAAAGACUUGGCAGAUGAUUCUCAAGCUGAGGACAUGUUAAAAUGCAAAAUUGCCAUGAAGUCAUGUCUUAUUGUCUUCAAGUCUAUGAACAGCAUUGACAAGAAUGUAGACAGAUGUAAAAUUGAUCUUAAUGUCCGCCAGGGAAGACUUGUGUUCUUGCUCUAUUGCAGACAUGGAAUCACUAAAACUCAUAACCUUACAUUUCAAGAGUGUGAAACUCUCCAAGCAGUCUUUACUAAAGAUUUAUGCCCCAAUUUUGUAACUGCACAACCAAAGCUUUUAUCAGAUGCUGUUAGCAACUUUCCUAAUAACCAAGAAGAACUGACAUUAUCAGUCACCCCUGAAGUUACAGUGUUAAAGAAUUAUACUGACGAUGAGCCAGAUCCAAACAAAAUCAUUCACACCCAAAUGAGUCUAAGUCCUGAAGAGUUUGACAAUUAUCAGAUAGGAGUUGAUACUGACAUCACAUUUUGUCUAAAGGAACUAAGGGCRAUUUUAGCAUUUGGGGAUAUGUCAGGUCAACCRUUAAACGUUCACUUUGAAACAGGAGGAAAACCUAUAGUGUUCAGCAUGGAUACAAACUCAACAUAUGAAGGAGAUUUUGUUCUUGCAACACUGGUAGAUGAACAACAAGCAAGUCAAUCAUCGCAAGCGCCAUCAACUAAAAGCUCUUCACAAAAAUCAAAAUUACAAAAUGGUAAASUGUCUGCUACAGAAAAGUCAAAACAUUCACAGAGCAGUACUGCAAAAMAUAARGGAUCACAACAACCCUCUCAACAAAGURCUGYCAAAGACCAAUCUUACCUAGAUGACUGGGCAAUGGAUGAUGAUUGUAUGGCUGAAGAUGAUGAAGAGGCRACAUGUGAAGAAGCAAGUAUUAGAAAAGAUUCAGGUCAAAAAAGCUCAAGUUCAAGCCAUCAGAAAGAACAAGAAUUAAACAUUCAGAAGAAAACCAAGAAAUUGUCCAUGAUUCCUGAAUCAAGCCAAGAAAAUCUCACACAAAUAUCACUAAAUAUCAGUGCAAACCCUAUACUAACCCCUCGUAGCUCUGUCACAGAUGUGUCUUUUUUAAACAAAAUUGAUAUGCCAUCCCUGGGUAAUGGAAGCCCAAGCAGUCAACAAUUCCACAGAAGUGUCAUAAAGUCARUUUCAUCACACAAACAACAAGAUACAAAUGAUAGUGAUGAGGAAAUGGAUGAUGAUGAUGAUGAUAACAUAGUUCCUGGAACACCUCCAAGUAAAAAAUUCAAGUCCAUGUUUUUUGGAAUACACUCAAAGCAGCCAGAGGUUGCUUCAAAGGGAAAUGUCCUUGCGGCAGAUACUGAUGAUGAAGACUCAGACUGACAAAGUCCUUGACUUGAUAACUAAACUAUUCCUAAAAA